CAUUCCUGGUUAUGUUGCACCUUCUGUUUUGCUAUUCCUAAUGGCCAACUCGCAGCCAGCCAAUCCGACAGAAUAGCAGUUUGCGGCAGGCUGGAAUGUAAUAACAUUAAUUUUGUAUUUCUUUCAUGAUUAAUUUCUUUACAAAAUCUAGGACCAUCUUCCAUUGAUCGCACGGGUGAAAUUGCAAGAAGGCUUGUGCAUGGAAAAUAAGAAGGGGAGUUCCCGGAAGUAAAGGAGGGUAAGGUGGCAUACAACGGAAAGCAGCCGCAGCUAAACUGACAGGAUGAGGCAGCUCGGAGCAAUGAAGAGGAGUAUCUGGCUCUCGGCAGGGCAGUGAUCUGGUCAACCGCCUUCCCUCAGCAAAGAGCCGCUCUCUUCUUUUGUUUUGGGGGCCCGGGAGGGAGGGAGCUCUUUCUUCUUCAAGACCUUGGCCAGCGAUGGCAGGGAAGAAAGCCAGGCCCAAAGUGAUCGAUGCCCAGAAGCUCGCCAGCCUGCUGCAGAAUGGUGUCGAGGGCACGCUGGUGAUUGACAGCCGCUCAUUUGUGGAGUACAACACCUCCCAUGUGCUCAACUCAGUGAACAUAUGCUGCUCAAAGCUGGUGAAGCGAAGGCUGCAGCAAGACAAGUUCUCCAUCACCGAGCUCAUUCAGCCUUCCUGCAAGAUGAAGAUUGAUGUAGAGGGGAAGCAGGAAGUGGUUCUUUACGACCAGUGCACGCGAGACCCGGGCAAGCUGGCGUCGGACAGCUUCACCUCUGUACUCCUUGGCAAGCUGGAGAGCUGCUUCCACUACGUCUCUCUACUGGCAGGGGGAUUUGCUGCAUUUUCCUCCUGUUUCCCAGGCCUAUGUGAGGGCAAGCCCACCACUAUCCUGCCAAUGAGCAUCUCUCAGCCGUGCCUACCUGUCGCCAACAUCGGUCCUACUCGAAUCCUCCCACAUUUGUACUUGGGGUCGCAGAAAGACGUGCUAAAUAAGGACUUAAUGGUACAGAAUGGAAUCACAUAUGUACUUAAUGCCAGCAACUCUUGCCCCAAGCCUGACUUCAUCUCAGAGAGUCACUUCAUGCGCAUUCCAGUCAACGAUAACUACUGUGAGAAGCUUCUGCCCUGGUUGGAUGAAUCUGUUGUUUUCAUCGACAAAGCAAAGGUCUCCAACUGCCGAGUGCUUGUUCACUGUUUGGCUGGGAUCUCUCGAUCGGCUACAGUCGCCAUUGCCUACAUUAUGAAGACUAUGGGCCUGUCCUCAGAUGAUGCUUACAGGUUUGUCAAGGAUCGAAGGCCAUCGAUAUCUCCUAAUUUCAACUUCAUGGGGCAGCUGCUGGAGUAUGAGAAGAGCCUAAAGCUUCUGAAGGUCUGGUCCCUCAGCUCCCUGAAGCCCCAGGCAGAUAGACUGGAGGAGGAUGUCGACAAAGAGGUGACUGACGUCUGCAGGGGCAUCUUGGAAAGGACGUGUCCUGUCUUCCCUACUUCUGAGACUACAGGACAAGCUGCACAGAAGGAUGCAAACCAGCAGUGUGGUGAUUCAGAGAGCAGUGGAAAUGAUUGUAAGAAUGCGUCACACAUCACCUUGCAGCAGGGCCUCAAUGGCCUACAUCUAUCCACGGAGCGGAUUCAGGACACUAACCGCCUCAAGCGCUCUUUCUCACUGGACGUCAAGUCUUCCUACUCGCCAAGUGCCAGCUUCAAUUCCAGCAAGGCCACCACACCAAUGGAUUCUGAUGACAUCCCAAAGCUUUGCAAACUCGAGGUCAAAAUGGCCAGCCCCGGCUUUGAGCAGUACUCUCCAAGCCUGGACAGCCCAGAUAAGCCCACAGGGUCAGACUUCGGUGCCGAAUCGAAAGCUCGGCAGAGGCGGAAGCCAAAGCACAUUGGCAGUCUCUCAAACUCGUCCAGCUCACCCGUGCAUCCCUUAAGUUUAAACUUAAACAGGACCGGCAUGCCCUGCCCAAUCCACAAGGUCAACAAUGUGGAGGACAACCUGAAACAGGCGCUGCUGCUGAAUAUUCCUAGCGCCCAGCAGCUUCCUUUGGGGAAUAACAGCAUUAACCGGUGGGGGAAGCAUUCAGAACUGGUACAAUCCCCGGCUUCAACAAGCCCCUCCGUCAACACUCCGUGGUACUUUAGCACAGACUCCCAAUCCAGUCACAUGACAGGAAGCACCAACCUCUUCAGUGGUGGUGCCCCCUCGUACUCCUCCUUUGGCUGCAAUACUGCACCAAACGGCUGUGAACAGUACGGGGGGGUCCGGCUGCGCGAGAAGCAGCCUGAACCGAGGGACACUAGACGGAGCUGGCAUGAGGAGGGAGCCAUUGAGAAACAGUUCAAGAGGCGGAGCUGCCAGAUGGAGUUUGAGGACGGCAUGUCAGAGAGCAGGUCAAGGGAAGACCUGGGGAAAAUAGGGAAACAGUCCAGCUUUUCUGGCAGUAUGGAGAUCAUUGAGGUGUCGUGACACCGUUGGGAUUGGGCUAUUUUCACUGGGUGAAAGGGAGGAACUGUGGUUAUUUAUCGUCUGAAAAGUAGACAAUGUGGAAGCUGUGGACUUCAUUUUUUAAAAAAAAUCUAAAGCGCAGUAAAUGUUUUUCUCUCUUAUGAUACAGGAAGUGGGUUGACUCUUCACUUGAGACUUGUCUUGAACAUUUUUAGAAAGCUAAUUUAUUUCUCCACACACAUUCUGGCAAUGGUGAAAGAUGAGGGAACUGGCCACCCCAUUUAAAGUUGUACAGUGCGGUAUUUAAGUACUUCAAGCAAUACUCAAAGAAAGUCUGGUUUUAUCUUAUUAAUUAUAUAUUUUUUGUGUUUUAUGUUUCCUUUGUUUUUGCAUCAUACCCUGGUCUGCACAGGACUGCUACCUGAGAAGGCCAUUUAUUGCACUUUGUCCUUCCUUGUAUGUGACUGAGCCAGUUGAAAUGUAGACUGCUACACUAAAGGCUGGAAAAGUACCUUCUAUGAGAUAAUCUGUAUGAACUGAUUGUGAAUGGAUGCAGACGUUAAUAUAAUGUAAAUAGUGGUGUAUCUAUUAUUAUGGCUGAUUUAAAUGUUUUUGAAUAGUUUAAAGAUAUCCUGGCUGCUUGAUGCAAAUACCUCAGGUUUGAAUAAACAUAAUAAUUAAAAAAGGCUUUUUCUUUCCCCCCUCCACACCU